AAUAUCAAAGACAAAUUUCAUUAUUUUACAAGUACAAAUUUCAGUUGUAUAUUUAUCACCGCUCGUAAAAACAUAGUGCGUAUCCUACAGUCUGUGUAAACACGUGUCACCCCUGGAACCAAAACUAAGUUAUCUCUUUCUCUCUCUUUCUCUUUUUUUUCUCUGUUUCUAUCUAUCUAUCUCUCUGUUUGUCGACAUUGAAAGGAAGAAUACGGGCGAGUAGUUUUACGCAGCCUUUGAAAACUCACAGUCGCUCUUCGGUACUCGAACCAACUCGAGAAACGUAGUUACUAUUAAAAUGUAAAACGUACUUACAUGAUUUUAUCGUUAUAUCGUAUAUAUUUCUGUGUGCCUAAAUAUGGAAAACACCAAGCAACGGAGGAAAUCUCUCGAAGAAAAAGCCAACUUUGGAAAGCCUGCUUUCGUGAUAAUAACAUAACCUACGAGAAUGGCAAGGACGAUAUGAAUGAUUCAUCGACGGUCAUCGAGCGGCAGCUCGAUAUGGAUGUAACUCUCGAGGACAACAAUUUGAAAGUAUUGCCAAUGCAAAAUGUGGCACGACAAGAUUCGGGAGUCCCAGAGGAUCUUGUAUCUCCGGUUUGUGAUGCUAACAAGUCGUUGGACGACGAGGAUCCAGACUGUACUAUGAACAGUGAUUGUAAUAUUACGGUGAUACACGUUACGGAAUCGGAGAAUCGAAAUAAGGAAGAAGAUAGAUCUUCGUCUACGUCGUUGGUUAACGUCGAUAGGAAAGAGUACACGGGUGAGAGCAAGGAUAGCAAAGAUGGAAGCGAUAGUGGAGUCGAGGGUUGCGCGACUGAAGUACCAAGAGUACGUAGCCGAAACAGUAUAGACUAUGCCAGCAGUUGUGGAGGUCUCGACGAAGCUUCCUGCGAUUCGAGUUUAGUUAGUUGUUGUUCCGUAUACGAGGAUCCAUGUGCAACGCUUCCGGACGACGUUAGAUUAACAACAGGGGGUGAAGGUACGAGCGAAGGUGGUAGCGAGAGUUCGUCGAUCGCUGGUAGCGUAUCAGCCAGGGCAAAUCGUAGUAACGCUAAAAGGACCUCGACCGUUUCGAGCUCGAGUAAAAAGAAAACGAUUAACAGCGAGACACCGAAGACGAGCCGCGUGAAACCAGCUCUCUUGAACGCUAAUUACGUACCAACGACUCCACGUUCGAAACCAAGGGUCAAUACGCCAAGAAAUAUUCUUGGUAAAACGCAGCCGGUUGUAAGGGACAGAGCUAGGUCUAGGGAGAAAUCAGGUGCGAGAGAGUCGAAUUGCGAGAGUACAACCGGUAAUACUCGUAUGUCGUCAAAUUUUCGUUCUGCUAGUGGCACGGUACAACAGAGAACGAGAACAAGACCAAUCCCACCAGAUUCACUGCCUUCGGUAUUGACUACAGAAAUAAACAAGGAUCUUGCUCAACGCGGUAGAGGUGGUUCGAGCGGUUCGAGAUCUCGUGGUGGUUCUAGUACUAGAAUAACUCGUACCCCGGGUUCAACCCCGUCCGAGGAGACACGUAAACCAUUGCCAAGUUCGCGUACCCUUUAUAAUACCGGUAGGACCGAACCGGUAAAGAAUUCACGUUUGGACAAAAUGACUAUUAGUUUGGACAACAAAGCAUUGGAUGCUUACGCAACGUUACCACGUAGAAAUAAGAAUAAAAUGACGAUUGUUAAGACUAAUGAGAAGACUGACAAGAUGGUCAGGAGUAGGUCAGGUAGCAGAGACGGUAGUAUUGGUAGACAACCAGAAAAAAAGGCACUAAGUGCUAGGGAUUCCGUUCAUAAGAGUUUACCGCCUUAUCCUAGAAAUAAACCAAUCGAAAAGACAAGGAUUUAUCAUGAAAUCGGAAUACAAACGGGCUUGACCGGCAACGACAUAGACAAUGCAUUGUCCGGUAUACCCAGUGCCGUCCCAGGACCCGAUAUAAUCGAACGUUUGCACGAAGCUGUACAGACCGAUGGCACGUGGGAGGACAUGCAGACAAUGCAGAAUGAUUUGAAACGUUUGAACGAGGAAACGAACGUCAAAAAGGAAGAAAAUGAUAAGCUCAAAACUGAAAUAGUCGAGGUUAAACGUCUCUUGGAGGAAGAACAGGCUGAUCAUGCAUUCGCACGGCAAGAAUUAGAUAGAAACGCUCGAAGAGUUUUGGCGAUGUUGGGGACACCACAAUCAGAACAUGCAGAGGGUAGCGACAGUUUCUUAGAAUUGGAGUCUCAUUUGCAAUCUUCGGGACAAGUUGUUGCCAAUCAGCAAAUCGAAAUAGCCGAUCUGCAAUCACUUUGUCGUAUGCUUAGCAGGGAUUUGGAAAAGAGUUUGGCAGCGCAAAAAGCUUUGUUACAACAACAACAGGAAUUGGAGGCUGAGUCCGCGGAGAUGCAAGAUUUUCUUCAACAAGAAAAAACAACUCUGGCAGACGCGUUAAAGGAUGCCGAGAUCGAGUUAAAGAAAAAAGAAGAAGCUUUGACUCAACGAGAUGCGGAAUUGGAAAGGCAGACGGAGGAAUGUAAACAUUUAGUCCGAAUCAGUGAACAGCGAAGGCAAGAGAAUUUAUCUUUGAACAUGAAAUUAAAUGCGGUAGAACGAAAAGGGCGAGAACUUCUAUUAACCCAAGGCGCUACCAUAUCUGGCGCAUCAGUGGCACUUUCAGGUCUGGGAACUCGAUUGGAGGGAUUGGUAGAUCAAUUAAUAACAUCUUACAAUAUUUCAGUAAAAGAUCUCGAGGAUGUGGUAUAUCACAACGAAGCAUACAGUCGAAGCAACAGUAGUAUAGAAUCGAGUCCUGUUAGCUCAAAGAAUAGCUUGAAAGAAUGUACUCCUAGUCCAAAAAGUGGUUCUUUUGUUUCCGCUGUUAUCGGUGCAAUCCGUAACGCAGCGACACAUCCUUUUGUAACGAAGACUGCUGAUAAAAAGUCAUCUAUAGAAUCGGCGAAACAAAUGUACAAAGACAUAAGUAUGGACUCGUCUUCCGAUCUACUCGAUUUUGAAACCGAACCGUGUUUGAUGAUGGAAAGCGUUUUGGAAGACGUUACCUUGCCGGAUACUUAUUCGCACAAUAUGAUAUCUAGUAGCGACUCUCUUCGUAGAGCUUUAAGCUUUCCAGAAACCGUCGAUGAAAAUAGUAUUAAGAAGACAAAAGCACUCGACGAAUGUACGAGUCUAACGAAUCUCACGCAGGCUAUAUUACAUCGCAGAAAAGUACAAGACGAAGAGGAAGACGAAUGUGAAUCCGUAAGUGAAUCAGACACUGGGACCAACGACGGACCACUUCCGUUAACGGAUUACUGUCCAGCAGUAAGCCUUGUCGAUCAAGUUAUAGACGUCGAUAAUCUCGUUACGAAACUUUUAAAAGUGUUACGGAUAAUACAGCUUGAAAAUGAUACGUGUAUACAAGAGUUAAAAGAAGAUAAAUGUGAUUUAGAAACAAAAUUAGAAGUUGCCUUGACCGAAUUAGAGGAGCUACGUAAGAUCGUAGAUAGUACCUAUCAAUCCGAAGACAUUUUAUGCAAUGUGCCAGAUCGAAAGCGUAGUGUCGUGGAAAAUUGUCGUCUUCUGAUUAAGGAGAUGUCAAAUGGAAUAAUUCCUCUAUAGGCGGGUAAGGAGGAAUUAAAAUUUGAUGAGCCCGCAGACGCUAAUAAUAGUGGCUCUCCAGAAGCUAGAAACUGUGAGGAUCUCAACGCAAACGAAGAAGCCCAAAUCUCCUCUUAAGUACACAUUAUCUUUGGUACUGACAAUGUAUACAAUUAAUGUGCAACUAUUUUCUUUUUCUAUUUUCUUUUCUUUUCUUUUCUUUUCUUUUCUUUUCUUUUCUUUUCUUUUCUUUUCUUGCUCAUUCUUGUAUUCUUUCUAUCUUUUUUCUUUUUUAUUUUUAUUUUUAUUUUUAUUUAUUAUUAUUAUUAUUUUUUUUUUUUUUUUUACUUUUUUGUUCUCCUUUUUUUUGCUCUGUGUAAAAAGAGAAACAUGUAGACGUCCUGUAUUCAUCGUUAUAAUUUAUAAAUGUUGCCAUGUGAGAAAUUAUUUACAGCGAUAUAACGACAUAAGAUAUACGAAUGCUUGUAACAAAGUUUUUUUUUCGUACAGUUCGUGUCUUUUUUCUUUCUUUUUUUUUUCUUUCUUUUUUUUUCUUGUUCCUUUUUUUUAUAUUCUCUUUAUCGCAUUGACGUUCUCAUAUUAUUACGAGACUGUGUGUUUUCAUCACAGGAAAAUAUCUUUGUAUAUAGUGAACAAAUAUUGACGACAUUAAUUAAAAAAAAAAAGAAGAAAAAAAUGAAAAAAAAACCACAAAAAAUAGAAAAGAAACAAAAAAAAAGAAGAAAACAGAAAACACAAAAAAAAAGGAACAAAUCAAUAUCUGCUCGUAAUAAAGGAAAGUAAUAAAGGAAAUUAGGUUGGAUUAAAUCGAGCGUAGGUUUCAAAAUGAAUUGUCCUUUUAGAUCAUAUUGAUAAAAGAGAAUAAAUAUAUUCUGCUCUUUUAAUUAUUCGUUAUGUAGAAUUUAGAAAGUUCAAAAAAAAAAAAGAGAAAAGAAAAUAAAGAAGAAGCAACCGCAUUUCACUUAUAUUAUAACAGUAUUUUUUAGAGUACCAUGUACUACAACAGAGUACAUUUUAUUUAUCGAUAAAGUUCCAAAGAGUUGCAACCUCGCACAAGCGAUUCUUGCAUAUAAUAAGAGAUAGAAAGAGAUUUGAAAAAAUCAUAAAAACAAAAUUGGAUGUCGAUCAUUAAAAAUCCUUUUUGUUCUAUGAAAGUAUUCAAAACUAAUAAUGUGUAUAGAUAUAUAUAUACAUAAUGUUUUCCAAAGUCGAGAGAACACAGGGUACACUAGUUUUACAAUAUAAUUAUUAUGAUUAUGAUUAUGAUUAUUAUUAUUAUUAUUAUUAUAAUUAUAAUUAUUAAAAAAGAAAAGAGAAAAAAACGAACAAACAAACAAAGAAGAAAAAACGAACAAUUUAAUGUCGGUCGUAUUACAAAUUAAUUAAUAAAUAACGAAAGGAACGUUAAAUAUAUGGAUAAAAUAUGAUCAUGACAAUUUGGAGAUAUGUAUGUAUGUGUCUCGUUUACUUGUUAUUACAGUCAUGAACGUGUUAAGAAUAAUAGUCAAUUGGAAUUUCGUUUUUAUCGUAUCGAACGUAAGUCAGUUUAUAAUUUUAAGUGUUUAACGAUGAACAAUAUAGUCGGACGAUGCUAUAUAAUGCUGCUUUAUAUAUAUAUAUACAUACAUAUAUACAUACAUAUAUAUAUAUAUACAUACAUACAUAUACAUAUAUAUAUAUAUAUGUAUAUAUAUGUAUAUAUUAGGAUUGCAAUAUAUUUGAAAAUGUAUUCUUGUAUACACAUCCUCGACUUCCAAACAUAAGGACGCAUAUAUUUUAAUGAUUGUAUAUAAACAGAAGCUGUGACGCUUAUUUUCCAUUAUCGUGUGUUUCACAAGCCAAUAUAAAAUUUGUUCUUACAAAAUGCAUUACGUGUUAUUUAGAGAGAACUGUAUUCGCGAAGUGUCUUCUGGAAAUAAUCAUUUUCAAAAAUAAAAAAAGAAAAGAAAAAGAAACGAGCGAUUCCACCCAACUAAAUUGUACAUGCAAAGGAGCAUAUAGUCUUAAGCAUUUUUAUACAAAAUAUUACGAAGUAUUGUGAUCAUAUACCAAAACGAAACGAAACAAAACAAAACAAAAAAUAAGGGAAAAAGACGAAAACGAAAGAAAACACACAUACAUAUACACAUACGCACAUACACACACACACACACAGAGAGAAAUAAGCAGACAAAAAUCAUGAACAAUGUAUUUUAAUUUUUAAUCAAAUAUAUUUCAUUUCAAGAAGAAA